GGGCAGGCGCGCCCGGAAGUGACCGCAUGUCCGGUGCUCGCGCAGGGGCCGCGGUGCGCGCGGGAUGGAGCGCGGGCGGCCGAGCGCCCCGCGCGGUGCUGCCGUCCAGAGCACUGGUGGCAGCAGCGCCGUCAGCAAGUGCUCGGCGGCGGCGCGAGGCUACGUCCGGGACCGGUUCCUGGGGCUCCUGGUGGGGCGGCGGCGGCGGCGGCGAGCCCCGCUCAUCCACCGGGGUUAUUAUGUCCGGGCCCGAGCUGUGGAUCACUGUGUUCAAGACUUCCUGUGGAAGACCCAAAGCCACUCUAAGACACAGAUCCUGUCUUUAGGAGCUGGCUUUGACUCUUUAUACUUCCGCUUGAAGGAUAUGGGUCUUCUGAGUCACACUGUGGUAUAUGAGGUGGAUUUUCCAAAUGUGGCGUGCCAAAAAGCUACUCUGAUCAAAGGAAUAAAGGAGUUGUCGGCACUGGUGGGAGAUGCUGGAGGAGGAUUAGGAGCCAUUACCUUUUCUGGAGAGGAUUAUAAAUUACUGGGAGUGGACUUAUCGGAGCUGUCUAAACUGGAGAAAGCCCUGGAGGAAGCAGGGCUGGACAAUGAAGUCCCCACCCUUUUCUUAGCAGAAGUGGUACUCACCUACAUGGAAAAUAGCAGGUCAGAUGCCUUGAUACAGUGGGCGGCAGAGCAUUUUUCUCAGGCGUGUUUUGUGCUGUAUGAGCAGAUGCACCCUGAGGACCCCUUUGGACGCGUCAUGCAGCAGCAUUUUAGCCAGCUGAAUUCCACACUUCACUCUUUAGCACAGUACCCUGACCGCGAGGCACAGCGGAGGCGCUUUCUUCAAAAGGGCUGGACUGAGUGCAGCAUCAUGGAUAUGAAUGAGUUUUUUACCUUCUGUACUCCUGAAGAUGAGCAACGAAGAGUGCAGGCUCUAGAGCCUUUUGAUGAAUAUGAGGAAUGGCAUCUGAAAUGUUCUCAUUAUUUUGUCUUGACUGCAGCAAAGGGGAUGAAGCCUUCCUGGACUCCUUUGUUAUCGAGCAGGGCAGUUCCCUGUGGAGAUGGUCCUGUCAGGAUGGCUGGAAGUGUCACUGCAUCGGUGUGUAGAAUGCACUCUGAAGCUGCUGGCCUGAGACGUUAUGGUCACCACUCUGCUCUUAUAAAACCCGAUGUCAUUCUCACAACUGGAGGUUUUGGGGAGGAGGAUGGACAGCAUUGUCGUAUGAGAAAUUUCCAUGUCCUGAUUAAGCAUGAAGGCCGCUGGAAAGCGGGCUGUGUGAAAAAGGAAAAUCAUGGUAAAAGAUGGGAUGGACGGUUGUACCAUACUGUGUCAUGUGUCUCGAACAGCCUGGCCCUGAUGGUAGGAGGACGAACAUCCCCAUCAAGUGCGGCUUUGGGAAUGUUGUGGCUAAAGUUCCCUGAAAGCUGUAAUGCCUUGGACUUGGAUGGCAUUACAGUGGAGCUCAUAGACCUGCUGCCUGCUGCUGAACCAGCUGCUUUGCGUUGGAGACACAGUGCAACUGAAGUAAUGUUCAGAGGUGAAAAGUAUCUGUUUAUAUAUGGGGGCCGUUCUGCUAUGCAGCCUGUGCUAGGUGAUUGGUAUUUCCUGCACACUGAAGAACUUUCCUGCACUCUGAUUCCUGUUGAGGGUCCAGUACCGGAAGGCCGUCACUCUCACAGUGCCUGUAGCUGGAAAGGAGGAGUGCUUAUUGCAGGAGGUCUGGGAGCAGCCGAGCAGCCCUUAGGUUCAGUUUUCUUCCUGAGAGAGAUUGAACAUGGCUUUCAGUGGCAGACAGUAGAGACUCACCCUCCCCUCAUCCCAAGGUAUUCACAUACAGCACAUGUGCAUGAUGAAAAACUCCUGCUUGUUGGUGGAGUGUGGUUUCACUCUUCCUCUGUGCCAGGCAUCACUGUCAUUGACUUAAUGACUGGUCUCUGUGUGGAUUAUAUAAUUAGUGUGGAGUAUCUGGAGUGGCCAUUAAUGCUGCAUAAUCAUAGUAGUAUCUUUCUGCCAAAUGAGAAAGAGUUGUUACUCAUUGGUGGUGGUGGGAACUGCUUCUCCUUUGGGACACACCUCAACCCAGAGCCUGUCUCCUUGAGCCUCAGCAACAUCCUGACCAGCCACUGACAAGAACCAAACAGGACUGAACCAUGCUGCUGCACUAUGGCACUCGUACGCUGCGCAGGGGUCUGGAUGUCUCCAGCAGCGGCACAGCAGCCUGAUGCCCCCUCUCGUCUGGGACGCGGGGUCCUUCGCAGCUCUUCUGGGAUGCGGGGUCCUUGGUGAGUUCCCUGCUGCCUCCUCUGGCGUUCUCUGCGAGCUCAUAAAUCCCCCCUCCUCCUCCUCCUUCUCCUCCUCCUCCCCCUCCCCCACCCCCCUGUCUGGUGGGGUGGGAGACCGGUGGCUGCUCCCGCCGAGCUGACAGCCACGUGGGGCACCCCUAUGCGCUCCCUACGCAUCUGGGAUGGCACCCCUGCCCUGAGGGCCCUGCGGAGUCCCACCCUUCCUGCAACCAGCCCCCCCAAAGCCAUUAAACCACACAAUAUCAGGUAAAAAUAUCAGGUAAAAGAAGGAUUAUUUUUUAAACUAAUCUGUGGAUAAAGCAUGUAUGUAAUAGUCUGGAAACAAUUGAUAAGCAUGAGUAAAAUGUAAUUCAGGGUCUGAUCCUGUAAUCCAUGCUCACAGAUGUAUAAAUGAUAACAUUUUCAGUUUAAGGGCACAAGCAGUUCUAAAAAUACUUGACUAAUUUUGCUCCUUUCCCGGUAUUCUGUAGAGAGUGGCUAUUUUAAAAAGUUAACCAAGUCUGUGUAGUUUUAAUUAGGUGUAUUAAAAAGAUAAAACAAGGAAAUAUAGCUCACAUUCAAGCACUCAAAUAUGUGAAAAUAGCUGAAAUUGCUCUUACUGCACUAAGCUCAUUAAAUUGACUUGCUGGAAUGUUGAAUAUUAGAAUGAUCAGACCAGAGUGUUAACAGCUUUAAUGCUUUUAUCUGGUGCAGUUCGCCCACCUCCCCACCUGAGGGUUACCGAGCAGGCACAGUCGACUUCCUUUCUGAGGGCUGUGAUGCCGGGCUUCAUGCUGGUGUGUGAACUGCUGCUGUCUGUGCUUAGUGCAAAAAAGAGUAACUAAGACAGACCUUUGUGGUGAGAACCCUUGAUAAAGUUCUGUCGGGAACGCAUCCCGCUGUCCUCGAUAGAAAAGCCACCCUAGAUCUCAAGUUUGAUUCGGUAACUGAUUAAAUGGAUUCUGGUUUAGAUCACGAAUAUAUCACAUAGUCAAAAUUGUGCAAUAUUCUCCAUGAACAGUUAAAGUGAUUAUUUCAUUUUAGACCUUGAAUAAGGAGAUUGAAUGAGCUGGUAAACAUUACUUGGUGUUAAGAUGGUAUGAAAAUUUAAUAUCUUUAUUCUUCAGUCUCGGUGCUGCAGGAGUCUCUCUCUCAUCCUGGUAGAUAAUAUUAAUUGCUGUUUCUCUACCUAUGGAGCAUAUGAGAUUUGCCAUGCAAGCUCAGAAUGAAUGCAGUUAUCCAACAACCUUACACAUUUAGAAAAUACUUUCUGCAGCCAAGACAUAUAGCAAUGUUAUAGCAUAUGUACAACCUAAAAAGACGGUUUCCAGAGAUGUAUAUGUAUACAAGUUUCAGCCUUCUGGGUGUGUGACUAUUCAGAGACUCCCAGCGAACUGUGUCCAGGUUAGCCUGUAGCCAAACAGGCAGACCCAGCACACUGUGCCUGUGGUGUGUUCAAGCCUAAAGAGACUUCAGGUGCACUGUCAUCACUGGGUAUCAUGCUGACAUGGUGUCCACAAGGGGUGGAUCUUUUCUGGGCAAUUCACAGCUGCUCUUAGACUACCAAAUAGUCAGAAUCCUAUACGGAAUUAUUAAUGGUUUUGCUACUGGAAAAAAAGAGAAAGACAGAGUACUUGAUCUGCAUAUUCAUAGCCUGAAAGAACAAAAAAGAUAUGGGAUACAGAAAAAAGAAAGAGGAUAAUAAUUUAUUUAAACAUAAAAACAACAUUAAACUACUGCUUCAUUGUUCUACUACCUUUGGCUCACAGAGCUUAAGUUCCUGGGGAAGCAUGGUAAGGGGAUGAAAUAGGAUUUUUUUUCAGUUUUUUUUUAGUAGCAGACUAGUGAAGGUGAUAUGAUCAAGGUCCCUAAUCUUUUUUUUUUUCCUCUACCCAAGAAAACUCAGAAGGAUACAUCACUGCUUUGACAGAGAGGGGGAUAAAACAAAAUCAAAAAAAAAAAGCUCCUUUUUCAGGAGCAAUUCCCACUUACUGUGAUUUAAGCACCCACUCUGAAGUUCUGGGACUAAGUACAUGGUCCAUAUGCUCUGACUACAAAAAACACUGUCCACAGAGAGCAAGGUCACUGUGAUUACCUAUGUAAAGUUUCCUUCAGGAUGCCCGUUAUCUGGAGAAACCCGUUGUUGCACAUGAUCUAUCUUAUAUUUUCUCAACAUAUAAUACAGCGAUUUCUCAACAUAUAAUACUUGAAGACCAAUAUAAAUAUUGUGUAGAAUGAUACUUUCUAAGUCAUUAAUUUUAAAACAUAAAUCAAAAAUAUUUUAAAAAGAGAGAUUUGUUCUGCAUUGUCAGAGAAUAACUACUUCUAAAAUAAACUAAAAAGGCUCUAUAAAUGAAUAAAUUUUGCAAUUUUUUGCCUUCAAUAGUGUUCAAAGGUUAAAAAUGAAUUAAAAUUGUAAAAUAAGUGCACUAGCUACUUAUUUCAUUUAUUUUAUCUUUCCCUUUCCUCCUUUGAAUACUCUUUUCCUUAAAUUGUAUUUUCCAGAUAUUGCUAUAUUCCAGUUGUACUUUCUCUUUUUCUAAUAUUCUCUUCGUAAGUAUCCCCUUAAAGCACUUUAAAAAGUAUCUGACGAAUAUCGCUGUUUCUCUGUAUUAUGUGAAUGAUGUUAAUUAUCUUUACUUUUUAAUGGUUUAAAAAUUCAACUUCCCUAACUAAGAGUAUGUUUUUAAAAAAGUAGCGAUUGCACAGGGGAUGCUCCCAUUUUCUAUUUUUGCUUUUCUAGAUUAACGUUCAAAUAUUUCCUGAUAGAAAUGUAUGUUUUUGCAGGUGGAACAUUCCUCUGAUAGGUACAUUUGGUAUUGAAAUGAGUUAGUCCCGUAUAAAUCCUGGCAUAGGACUUUCUUCACUAGUUUUAGAUGGAUCUCUUCUUUCUCAAAGGUAUGGCACUAGGUGAGAAAAAGGUGCCGUCAACCUGUAGUUAUAUUUAUACCCGUCGAGGGGUGGGGAUCUUUAUGUAGAAAGGGGACACACAAAAGUGUAGCGAAGGGGCAUAUUUUUCUAAAUGUGCCCAGGAAACCUAUGAGAUAGGUGACACAGAGAAUUCAGAGGCCUUAAAACAGUGUCACCAUUUGAAAAGCAAAUUAUAAGCUGCAGGAGUGUGUGCACUCCUGCAAUGCUUAACAUAACCACAGUCUUCACUUUGAAGUAUGCCUGACUAUUGGCUUACAUCCCGUUUUCAUGUAGCAAUAUCCAAGGUAACACAAAUCUGGCUCCAACUGUAAUGUACGUAGGAGACAGCGAGUAUUAAGACACCAAAGAAUUCAAAAUGUUUGAAUCUGGAAGGACGAAAGAACAGCGUACUCAGUGAUCAGCCUUUCAGGUGAAGGAGACAACAGCUGUGGUUUUGGUCCCUGUUCCCUUGAUUAUUUCUGUAUGCAUGGGUUAGUGACUAUCUCAUCUAAUUAAAAAUAAACACUGUGAUCGAGGAUCAAAACUCACAGGUCCCUCUUUUCCUUGACAAAGCCGUAACUAAAUGCUGUUGAAUAUGUGUGAUAUGUUAUGUGCAGAGCCCUUUAAGAUUCCAUCUGAUUUCUUUGAUCUUGUUUUAGGGUGCUUUCAGUGUAUUUCCAGUGAGCUAUAGUUUGCUCAAAUAUGUAUAUGUAUUUAUGUAUAUGUUAACAUAUAUAUGUUUUAAAUUCCUCUUCCCUUUGCAUUACUCUACUGAUUUUUUUUCUUAUAACUGUCUCCCAUGUCAAGAAGAUUUAACAAAAUGAAAAGUAUGUCUUCAUAGGAUAAAGACACAUUUUUGUUAGUUACCGUAAUACAGACAUGAAAGGAAAGAUAAAAGAAAAGAGAAGUAGUUCUUCAGAUAAAGUCCGUUAAGUAUUCAUAAUGUGAUGACAUAGGUGAUUGUGAUAUUAUCUAGACAGAAGAGCUCUGCCGAAGGUAGCUUUCAGACAAUUAUAUUGGUAAAAAGAAAAACUGGUAAAAGCUGAUGAAGUCAUCAAAUUUUCAAAAGUUACAAAUUAUCCUGUAAAGCUUCAGUGACUGCAAAUUAGCCUUUGCUAUAGCCCUCUGCUAACAAGCUAUAGAUCAUUUUAUUAUUCAUGAAUUUUAGUAAUUUCAGGACACCACAGGUCAUCUUAUGCUCAUUUAUUUGCUAAACACCUUGUGCUGGUAUGCCUGUGCUGAAAAAUUGCUACUAUUUACUUCCCGUGAGACAAGCAAGCAACAAACUGGUGGAUUUGGCCCCAGACAUCCACUCUGCCAGGCAACAUAUACAUCUUGCUGUCAGUGAAAUAAAUGAGCCCUUAAAUUGGCUGCAAAGCUUUAAGAGCUGAAAUUUGUAUGUCUAGUUAUCAAACAGAAAGUUCAGAACACCUGCCAAUAUGAAACAUAAUUAUGACAAGCUGUUACAUUUUACCUUUAACUUUUCAGCUUUAACACCACAACUUCAUUAUAAGAAUCUCCUCCUCCCUGCCCCUCCUUUCUCCCUUCCCCCAGACUCAGCUCCCCUCCCAAAAAACGCUCACUGCAUUCCAUUGUAAAUGCUGAGUUAACGCUAAUACACUGGGUCAUCUAUCAGCAGACAAAAAAAAAAGUCAGACAUAUUAAAAAUGCUAGGAUUCCUCCUAAGAAUAACCACAAAUUUUCACAGAUUACCAAAAAUGGCUAACUGUGUGUAGAUACCUGACCUUUAUAACCGCCUUUGAAGGCUUUUCAGAGAAAGUCAAAAAUCAUGAAACAGACUUACAGAUUCCUUGUUUUGUUUUUUACUUGAAAAAAUCGAUUCAAUUACUUCUAUCUUAUUUCACUGACCGACUUCAUUAUCUUUCCUUUUGGGUUGCAGAGCCCUACGGCACAGGUUUUUGCCACAACAAAUCCAACAAUUGAUAAGCUGUUUACUGUUUAUCCAAAUGUUCAUGGGAGGGCAAAAAAAGAAAAAAGCCACCAAAAAUAAAUGUUACUCUUCUUUAAACCCACUUUAAACUAUGCCCUGUGUGCACUAUAACUAAAUAUCUUCCCUUGUGUGCAUGUAUACCUCUGUGUUACAAACCACAAACAGCUAUGUGAGAAGAACACUAUUUAAAGGAAAGACUUUCUUCUUAGCUGUCAAGGAAGAUAAUAUCUAGGCUAAAAUUCAUUUCAACAUUUUUUAUAGAUAUAUAUAUAUGUAUAUAUACACAUAUACACACAUACACACAAUAUGUAUAUAUCAAUAUGAAGAGCUUAAAAAUUACAACCCUUGACCAAUUGCACCCUUCUGGUCAAUAAAGUAAAUAUGAGCAAUAUGAGAAACAAAUCAAAUGUAUGAACUUUACCUCUUUUAUUACUUUGACCAUAUUAUUUCUUUUUUUAUAGCACCUGCAUACUGUAUUUUCAUUCAAGAAAUUUGAUUGCGGAUAAAGUAGUCCCUACAUGUCAUAGCAAAAAAAUGACACACUAGCCAAAGUUUAAGUCAAUGUAUUAGUCAAAACACACCUUCUUUUCUUCUUUUUCUGACCUUUUGCUACAGACAUAGAAAUCUCACAUAUAUUUUGGGGUUAACAGGACUUCAGCAGGGCAAUCUGUGUUUUAAGCAGGGUUUCUUGCUGGUUCAGAUAUAUUGUUUGUUCAGUGUUGGGAUCCUAUGUAUUCAUACUGCGUUUUGUGUACUGAUAAUGAAUUAAAACAGCAGAAAAUCAUAUACGUAUAUUUUAAAUGUGACAUGUCUGAUUUCAUUUUAAUGUGAUUUGAAAUAUUUCACCCUGAAUUUAUAAAAAAAAUCAUUAGCACAGCUAUACGCAUUGUCUUUUCAUGAUUUUAAUUUCUUAUUCUUCAAUUAAAAAUAUGCUAAAAGCAGAUUUUGCUUAAAUUCUGAGAUAGUUUGGAUAGAUUUAGGACCAAAUUGUGGCUGCUUUCUGUGUGCAAGCUUUGACUAGAAAGGUGACACAAACAAACAUUUCUACCUGGUUUUCAAGGAUAUGUCAAUAAGGUCUAUUCACACCAGUGCACCAUUUAGCACCACCUGCGUUCAUGGAAAUCCAGAAGUAGCACAUGCCUCUGUUCACAGAAAUCUCAGCCAGCUUUCUCUGAUGCCUCGUACAACCAUCACUGCAGCCACCACUGUCGAGCUAAUUCAACUCUUCCAAAAAUCAGCAACUGCUGAUAAAUUCUUGUCUUAAUAUAAAAGUUGUGUUUCAAUUUUAUCCAUAAUCAUAAUUUUGAGCAUAACAAAAACAAGAGUAAUAUUCAUAUCAAACAUAAAAAGCAUGUGGUGUAUGUGAAUCCUUAUGCCUUAUCUCUGCUGCAUUUACCUAUUGGUAAAUGAUUCUGACUCUCACCUGAGUCAGAACCCAAAUUCGGCAUGUGCUGCUUAUUCGGGUUGUACAUAGAUUUGCUGGGAAUGGUGACAGAAAGGAGAGAAAACAAGGAUUCGCCUGGUCCAGGUUAGAUGUGUUUUGGCUGCCUCCUAGGCGGUGAACCCAGGUUUAGUCUCUGUCAAACACUGGAGUAAAUGGGUCAAAGUGGUGUGUGCCAGACUUGGGAACCAAUUUAAAUUCCCAGAUUAUUUAGGUUAAGUGUAGUCAGACACAUCAGAAGACAGCUGCUUUAGGACUUGUCUCACCUAUCGUUCAACUACUCCGAGUUUCCAGUUCAUGUGUGGUCGUCGACAGUUCAGAUGUCUAAAUUUGUUUUUAUAAAACAAAUCUGAAUUUUUGUAAUAUGAGAGAUUUUACUGUUACCCUGUAAUACAGUAUGGGCAUUGCUAGCUCCUGGCCGUAAGCUUCGCACUGAGUUUGCACAGCCUCGGGACUGAGGCUGGUCAGGCUUGGCCCGAGUUUUGUCUGAACUCGUCUCGCCUGCAGCUCUGCUUCCCUCGACUUAGCUGGGGCAGCAGUUUUUCUAACUGCCCGGAUGGCGAUGGCUAUUUUAUUUUACUUGUGUUUAUCUUUGUACGGUAGAACCAUAGGUUGAUAAACAAACAGGACAACAAAAAAUGCACAUUUAACUUAUGUAAAAGGCCCCAAACACCAGAAAUUCAUAUCCAACACAGAGCUGCAGACCAAUGAAGAAAGAAUGAUGUAAAAGCAUACUAGAAAACAUAUAAAAAUAGCCGCAGAUGAAUCCUAGAGUGAGUAGGAGGAAACCAUCACCAUGAACAUCAUAUUCCUCCCGGCGAAGGAGCCCAGAUGCUGACAGCUCGCUCUAACACCCACCGUCAUCCCGCCAUAAAUGAACCACAGACCUAGGACCUACGGAGCAGCGGAAGGGUGAACAUAAUACUGGGAAAAGAGGUAGAAACUCUGAAGUGUAACAAUUUUAACAGUAUUAUUAUUAUUAUUAUUAUUAUUAUUGAGGCUUUUUUGGUGUAUAGAACCCUUCUUCUCAUGUAACAAUUUCUUCUGGACGAAUAACGAUCCUGCAUUUAGACCGUUAAGAUUCCCACUAUAUUAACACUAAAUUCUUGGCUUUAUAUGUAAGGUAUGUUUCCUCUUUGCCCAUAAACAAGAUUUUGAGCAUAACACUAUUAUUUAUUUUGAUCCUAGUAAUAUUAUAUGUUAACAUAUAGGCAAAAUAUCAUAAUUAACAAAUAAAAAAGUGUAAGUGGUUGAGAAUAUAGGCAGGAUACAUUUAUAUUCUCUUUUAGGCAUGUGAUCCCUGUCUUUAAACCUAAUGUCAAUCCAAUGUGUUUUGGCUAUUUCAUAUCUGUCAUGAAAAUCUAUAGAGUUUAAUGAGGCUCUGAGAUUCUCUGGAUGAAUAAAAAAAAUAGAAACAUACAGAAAUUACAGUAAAAAAAUCAAAGAAAUCUGAGAAAAGGAAUAAAUGGGCAUGUUAUUGAUUCUGUAAAAACAAAUUGUAAGUGUUUUUUCCUCCCAUGAGUACUGCAUUGACAGAGAAGAACAGAGCAAUAGAAAAGUAUAAAAUAAGCCCUGUAGGUAUCUUUAAGAGUCUACCUUUCUGGUUGAAGAGCAAAAGCUAUAACUGGUCAUUUCCUGUUCUUCUGAAUUUGGCAAGUGUUAUUUUCGGUUUCUGGGUUUUGUUUUGCUUUGUUUUUCCCACAGGGUUGUUUUUUACCUGGGAGGUUUUAGUAAAACUUUUCUCCUUGGGCUUUGGGUUCAACAAUCUAAUGUAAGCUGCCUGGGCUAAGUUUUAUCCUAUGCAACACUUGUAAGUUUGCACUAAAUUUACAGAAUUAAAUCCAUUAGACUCAGUUCUAAAAUAGAAAUUAUUUUUAAAUUGUCUUCAUUACUCUUUGAAAGUUGUGAAUUUGCACAUGAUUUUUUUGUGUUGCUGUUAAAAUGAAUUUUACCUUAAUAACUUUCAUUUAAAAUACUUCUAAUUGAAUGAUUUUAAUCCAGGGAAUCUGACUAAACUUUGGAAGGAAUUUUCUGUGUUGAUCACUUAGAGAUAAGCAAGAUAGCACUUGUGAAUCAAUGAGAGCAACGAUGACCUCCAAUAUUAGUGCUUACUUGCAUUUGCCAUCUAAUACGGUUUUAAAUCAGUUUCUGAACUUACUGAACAGAAUACAUUCAAUUUGUAAAUGCUGGUGAAUGUUCCAAGUGAAAAAUCUCAGUAGAUAGUGGGAAAGCAGAAAAAAGAUUUACGAUUACUAUGAAAGAGCUUAAGUACUGAGUCAUAAACAUAGAAUCUUUUUUAUUCAGAGUUGUUGUAUGAAGACAACUUUUAUCGAAUGUCAAUAUGUCUUUAACAGACCAGCUCAUCCUGCAGUAUAAUGGUUUAUCAUUACUACUGAAUGCCCCGAAAUACAAACAGAUAACUAAAAUUCUCAGGCCUCAUUUUCAGGUACCUGAGGGUACUUUACACUGUUCUAUGAAUAGAAGUGUACUGAAGCUUAGUAAUAUAAAUGAAAAAAUAAUUUCUUAUUUUUUUCUUUGCUUCAGUAAUAGAACAGAAUAAGACACCAGUGGAGUUCUCUACGAAUAUUAAUGUUCAGGUUAGAAGCAUAAUCCUGAGAUAUAUCUGUACAAGACACACAGUACCAGACUCUUCUUAAAGUCAAAGCUUUCAUUUAUUAUUAAAAUUUCAGCAAAUAUUAUUUGGGAUGCUAAAUGAGAUUAUAAAAAAAAAUUGAAGAUCCAUGAUCCUUAUCCCAUUGACUUCCAUAGAUUUGUCAUGUCCCCACUCUCUUUCUCUCUCUUUUUUCUCUUUCUCUCUCUUUUCCCUUCCCCUUCCCCUUCCCCUUCCCCCUCCUCUUCCACUUCCCCUUCUCUUUCCCCUUUCCCUUUCCAUGCCUCUUCUCCAUGCAAUUCUUAACUGUUAGGUAGUAGGCAAAAAACUCUUGAAAGAAUUGGGUUUAAGAAGUCCAAUUGUGUAGUAAGAUGGAAUUGUGGAGGAAAUGAUGCCUUGUAAGUCAAUAGACUAAUACUGUAAAAAGCUAUCAAUCAGCCAAGCUUUAUUUCUUUAUUUCUACUGAGAGAAAAAUAUUUAAGAUACUACUAAGAGUAAUCCCAGUGAGAUAAGCUCUAUAUACUAAUUUAUAAAGCAUAAUAAAAUAUUCUUUAAUGAA